CUUUUAGAAAUAUUUACUGUAAUUCUCUGCCAACCGGGCGCUGCAAUCGAAACCAGCAAACAAAACGAAAACGCAUCUAAUAUAUGUAUAGUUUCGGUCUCUAAACUUUAUAAGCCAUUUUGUGCAUUGUUCAAGCAGCUGUGCAAAAAUAUUACUUAUCAUUUCGUUUCGAGAUGUCAAAGCUCGGUUGAUUGCCGUUGUCAAGUAUAUGCGUAUUUGAUGCGAAUGCGUGGUUAUCAUACGGCGAUGCAAUUUUGAAUUAUUAUCAUACACGAAUCGUGAAAGUCACCUACAAAUUUUGUGAAACAAAGAACUUUUCAAUAUCUUUUAUUAACCUUGGGCUGGUCGUCAUAACAAUUAUGACUGAGAAGAAAUGAAAACAUUGAGUUUGAAAUAGGAGCCAUUGCAUAAAACCAAAUACUUUACAUGAAUUAAAGUAUUUUACAUAAUAGAAUUUUUCCCACAGUUUUGGCAUACCUUACGUUAAUAUAUUGAAUCAAAUAACAAUGUAAAACGUAUAGAGAGAUGCAUUUGCCUUUUAUUGGUACAUUAUAUUGAGAACUGUAUUGAUCCCGUGUAUUACCGUGUACACAUUUUUUGGUAAUUAAAUCUCAUCACAAUGAGUAACGAGAAUGUACAAAGUCAACCUGAACAACAAAGCAUCGAAGAUACAGAGACACCAUCAACUUUGCCUACAUUCCCAAAUUUUAGUCAAUCAUGUGUGAAUGCAUGGCUAGAUAAAAUGAGUAAAGGAGUACUAUCCUGUACUCAUUUUAAAGAACACUGGCGAACAUGGGUACCAAAAAUAUAUAGCCCAGAAUUAAAUGGUAACUGUUUAGAUUGGAAUUUUGAUGAAGAAGAAGCACAAAAAGUACUGUAUGAUACAUUAGAACAGUUCAUCUGCAAUGAUGAUCCACAAGUUGUAUUGAAAAAGCUAAGUCAAAUGGAUAAUGUGACAUGUGGUAAAGUAUUCAAGAUGGGUGAACCUACAUAUAGCUGCAGAGAAUGUGGCAUGGAUUCAACAUGUGUUCUGUGCCUGGAUUGUUUUAAACAAUCGGCUCAUCGUAAUCAUAAGUAUAAAAUGGGCACUUCUAAUGGUGGAGGAUGUUGUGAUUGUGGAGACAAAGAAGCUUGGAAAAGAGAACCAUUCUGUAACAUACACUUAGCUGGAACUCAAACUAAAGAAUCUCGUGGAAAUAAAUUACCUGGAGAUAUAGCAGAAAGAGCAGUAGUAACUUUUGAGGCAAUACUAAGGUAUUGCUAUGAGAUGUUAUCUUUAGAACACUCGCCAGGCUUACCUGCUGAUUUACGAAUAAAUGAAAUCGAUGAAGACCCUUUGUCAGUACCUACUGCAGAUACCUAUUGUACAGUCCUUUUUAACGAUGAGAUUCAUACAUUUGAUCAAGUGAUAACGGCGCUCAUGCGUGUUAUGAAAUGCACGAACAGAAAUGCAGUAGAAUUUGUAACAAAUGUUGAUAGAGAAGGUAGAACAGUUCUGAAAUGUUCUGGGUUCCAACAUUGUAAAGACUUGAAAUACGAUAUCGAAAAAUAUACUUCGAGGAAUAAUAGUCGACCGUUAAAAGUUCUUGUACUUCACGCUCAUGUAAUUGCUCAUCAAACAUUUGCUAUGAAACUUUUAAAUUGGUUACAACAAUUUAUAAAUCACUGCGAAGGUUUCAGAGUACUCUUCAGUAAUAUUGCACUCAAUACAAAAUUAACUGACUUUUCCAUCGUAGAAGGUAUUCUUAUGAGAGAUUCACAGUUGUGGAAAUCUGCUAGAACGCCAUGGCACAAAUUGUUCAUGUCUGGAAUGCUUAUGGAAUAUGAAAGCAAAAAAGCUUUGGCAAUUAUUUUUACAAAUAAUUAUGGUUCUAUUAUGAAAGAUUACAUAAGAGAUGAUCAUGCUCAUAUAUUUUCUAUUGUUUCAUUAUCGGUGCAAUUAUUUACAGUCCCAACAUUGGCACAUUUUCUUAUUGCACAUCGUGAUGUGUUGUUUAUUUUGUUAAACACAUUUAUAUCUGAAAGUUCACGAAGAUGUAAUGCGGCGGGAAAGUUGGAAUUUGAAAGAGAUUCCCCUAAUAUUUCUUUCAAAAGAGCUCACCAAAUAUUUUAUGACUUGCGAUAUUUGCUUAGCUCUAAACCAGAUGUUUGGACUGACGAUCUAAGAAAAGGAUUCUUACAGGGACUUUCACUGUUACUCACAUUAUUCUGCAGUAUACAAUGUAUGGAUGCUGUGCUGAGGCAAGUUGGUCAACAUAUGGAGUACGAACCAGAAUGGGAAUCAGCGUUUAAUUUACAAAUUAAACUGUCGCCAGUUAUUAGUCUUGCACUAGAAUGGUGCGGUUCAGAUAGAACUGUGUUGAUUAAAGCUUUUAGAUUGGUCUUAAGAAGAUUAUAUGAACAGCCAGGGCAUGAAAAUAACCGAACUCAACUGAGAGAAUUAGCAGAUCACAGUGCAACAUGUCUUCAAUAUAACGUGUCGUUUGAACCAGUAUCUAUACAUCUUCCACUCUCCAGAUUUUUAGCUGGUCUCUUUUUGUAUCUUGAAAAAUACAAUCUACACUUUCAAAGUGCAGAAUUCAUCAAUCAAACAAAGCCAACACCGGAACAAAUAAUAGAACCCGUAUUAGUAGCUCAAGUAAUGAUUUCACAAGUACAUGCUGGUAUGUGGAGAAGAAAUGGAUACUCUUUGUUAAAUCAAUUGUUCUUUUACCAUAACGUUAAAUGCCGCUCAGAAAUGUUAGACAGAGAUAUUAUCUUACUUCAAGCUGGAGCAUCGUUAAUAGAAAGCAAUGAAUUUUUGAUUCACGUUUUAAAUAAGUUCAAUCUUCUGCACUGGGCGAAUCCAGACUUUGAAACUAAUGCUUUGAAAAAUCCUGAAGAAGAUAAUAUCAGACAAACUAUCAAUUUGGUUGAAGAAUUUCUUGGAUUAUUGAUAACAAUAAUUGGGGAAAGAUAUGUGCCUGGUGUUGGACAGGUUACUGCUGAUGAUCGUUUGAAAAAAGAAAUAAUCCAACAAUUAUGCAUUCAACCGCUUUCUCAUUCAGAGCUUAAUAAAACAUUACCAGAUGAUGGAAAUUCUGGAAAUGGAAUGGAAAGGGUAAUUAACGAUGUUGCAGACUUCAAAAAACCUUCGCAAGCAUCACGAGGAAAAGGAGUGUAUCAACUGAAACCUCAUUUAUAUUCAGAAUAUAAUGUCUUCUUUUACCAUUACACUAAAGAGGAAUUAAGCAAAUCUGAAGAGGUACAACGAAAACGAAGAAAAGCUUUAGGAGAAUUAGAAUGUUGCCCACCUCCUAAACUUCCUAGACUGACAGAAGUAUUUAGUUUGGUAACUAAUUUACUACAGUGCGAUGUCAUGUUACAUAUUAUGCAAACUGUAUUAGAAAGAGCACUUGGUACUACAGCACCUGGUUUCUCAGAGCCACAAGUGCAUAAGGUUCUACAUUUAAUAGGAUAUGCUCUUCAAGAACAAGAAUCUGGUUAUUAUCCUUUCUUUGCGUUUCCUGCAAGAGCCGCAAAAUGGAAAAUUUAUAAAUUGUUAGAAGAUUUAUCUAGUAGCCCGCGCAUAGAAGCUCAUAAAGAUUUAUUAACUUGGGUUUUAACAAAAUACAGAGAAGUUGCUGGUUAUAGUGUAGUGGAAGUCAGUACAUCACCUGCUGCGCUCCUUACGGAAUCUACAAAUGAUACUGAAAAUACUAAGAGUGAUAAAGAAUGGAGAACACACAUGGCAAAACAAAAGCGUGCUAAAAUAAUGGCACAAAUGGCUGCUAUGCAGAGACAUUUUAUAAAAAAGAACGCCGAAUUAUUCGAAGAAGCUGCUUUAGAUGUGAACAAAUCCAGUGAUCGAGAUUCUACUAUGGGUUUGAGCGAAUGUUUUCAAAAAACACCCGUUGCCGUUGGUGCUGGACAAACGACGAAGAUAUCUGAGGAAAAAGCUUACACUUGUAUUCUAUGUCAGGAAAAUCAAACUGUAACAGCAGCUGGUCCAGCAAUGGUAUUAGCUGCAUUUGUUCAACAAUCCACAGUGUUGUGUCAAAAUAGAGCUGACAUUAAUGAACCUGACCCAUUAUAUCUUUCUGCAAAGCUGGGUGCAUCACCACAUACUAGUACUUGUGGCCAUGUGAUGCAUGUACAAUGUUGGCAAGAAUAUUUCGACAACGUUCUUGCUAAAGAGAAUAGAAGACCAUUUCGUUUGCGACAACCGUCAAGUUUUGACGUGGAGAAACAUGAAUAUCUCUGUCCACUUUGCGAGUGUCUUAGUAAUACUGUCUUACCUCUCUUACCAGCAUUAGGAACAUUGCAACCAACUCCUAAAAAUCAACCUAAACUUGAUUUUAAUACAUGGUUGAAAGCUCUAAGAAUGACAGUAUCUAGAUUAGAAGGGUUAUACAAUAAUGAUCUCAAAUGUCGGUACUGCGUAAAUGCUGAGACUCAAGACCCUCAUUCUAUGGGACAAGAGAAUCCCAUGGACCAUGGAUCACAUGGCCCAAUAAAAAUGAUUCGUAAAGAAUUUGGAGAUCUGACAGGAGAAUUUUUUGAAGCAAUUUAUGAAGAACCUGGUCCAAAUAUUUCGGAAAAUUUAAUAUCAAUGAUAUAUGUCUUUGCACAGGCGGCGUACACGAAAGGAUGCGGCACAGAACCUCAUGAUGGCGAUUGUAGGGUACCGUUAUUGACAUGGAAAUCAACAGCUUAUACUGUUCACGCAAUAGAAUUUCUUCUACGCGAUAUGGAUAAACCUUUGUUAGGUGCUUUAUCAUCUAGACAAAGAGACAGCUUAGAAGGUCUUGCUAGAAUUUCAGCUAUUUUGCAGGCCACAUGCGUGACUGAUGCUAGUGCAGAUUUAACGUGGGCUGACAGAGAUGUUAUUGCAAGUCAUGCACUUUCCCUUCUAACAAUGUUGUUAAAGAACCCACAUGAUGGAGCAAGUAUCUUAGAUUGGGAUCCAUUUGGAGUACUUGUUCCUUUAAUUAAUUCACUCCCAUGUUUCUUUAGCACAAAAUUUUAUAGAAUAUCAUCAAUUAUUACGUGUGGAAUAUCUGAAUUUUAUGCUUUGCAACUUGUAUUUUUGUCGCUUAUAGUCAAAAUAUUAUUAACAUCCGAUUUCAAUGAAGGUAUGGAUAUAGAAGGUCAAGAAACAACUGAAAAUACAUCCUCGGAAUAUAUCCUAACGCUGAUUCAAGCUUUAGGCAUUAAUAUUGGUACUCAAACAGUUGAUGAAAUAUGGAGACGAAUCAAGGAAGCUUGCUUGCCUUUUCUUAGAUGUUGUGCUCUCUAUUUCCAUUAUGUAUCUGAUGUUCCUGCACCAGAGGAACUAACUAAAACAGAUGGAGCUACAUAUGAAAAUAUCUGUGCAUAUUUAGGACUACCCACAACAUGUGAUGAAUUAGUGAAGCCUAAUUUAGAUAUAAUUAUGCAAUUGAUAAAUAUUUGGAAAAGUCAUCCCACUGUUCAAAUGCAUUUGUCUGGUGCUAGUACAGUCACGGUAAUAAGGGAACCUUUGAAAGUUAAUAAAUUGGUAGAGGUUCCAGAAGAUUAUAGUGAAUUGAUAAAUAUGACAUCAUCAUUCAUAUGUCCCAAUAGCGACCGAGAGGAUUCUAAAAAUCCGACAAUGUGUCUGAUUUGUGGAGAAAUGUUAUGUUCUCGAAGUUACUGUUGCCAAACUGAACUAAAUAAGCUGAUGGUUGGUGCGUGUACAUAUCACGCGAGUAAGUGUGGCACCGGAAUAGGAAUAUUUUUACGAGUACGGGAAUGUGAAAUCCUUUUCUUAAGGAGCCCAAAUCGAGGUUCGCUUGAUUGUCCACCUUAUCUUGACGAAUAUGGCGAAACGGAUCAAGGUCUACGUAGAGGAAAUCCACUUCGGUUGUGUCACGAUAAAUACAGGCAAUUGAAUCAAUUGUGGCUGGGACAUGGACUACAUGAAUCCAUAUCAAGGGCUCUCGAAUCUUCAAGUACUCCAAUACGAUGGGAGCAUCUAUAACUAUUUUAGGGUUUCUUAUGCAAUCUAGCCUCGAUAUUUAGUUAAAAAUACUAAAUUUAUACUUAGCGUAAGCGACCAUAACAGCUAAUAUUAUGACUGUUAAUUAAUUGUUUGAUUAUUGCAAGAAAUUGAUGAAAAUUAUUUAUUUUGAGAAUACAGUGCGGAUGGCUUUGUAUAUUUAAAACGAUUGGAUGUUACUCCUGUUGCGAUGUCGUUUUAGAUUAUUUCAGAGUUUACGGAAUUUUCUAUUAUUAUUGUGUAAAUUAAAUAUACAUUUCUUUAUAAUUAUUAACAAAAUGUUGUACGAACUUUGUUGCUUGUAGAAAUUAGUUUUUAACGUCAUUCAACUGAUUGUCACAUUGUUUAAGAAAUUUUAGGAUUAUAUGAAUAUAAUUUUUCUUUUCAUUUUACAGAAAUAUUAUAGACUGUAUUAAAGUGUUACAAUUUUAGAUUUAAAUCUGUAAGGCUUAAACUUAGAUACAUUUACAGUAAUUAAAUAUCUGUUUUGGUUCUAGACUUUGUAAACAAUAUAUCAUCUUAUAAAAUAUGAACGAAGGAUGAUAAACGUAAAUAUUGAAAUAGUUAACUUCUAAAAAUUAAAAUAAAUAACGUGGCAUAA